GGUACGCUAGCGAGCGACUUCCGGCUUUCUGCUGACGAGGCCUUAGUGGCUCUGUGUUUCGCUACGUGUCAGAAGGAAGAGCAGCGACGGCGCGGCGUUCGAUGGCCCCGAAGAGCAGCAGCAGCGGUGGCGGCGGCGGUAGCAGCAGCAGCAAACAGCCGUCCGAGGAGGAUCUUCUGCUGCAGGAUUUCAGCAGGAACCUGUCGGCCAAGUCCUCGGCGCUUUUCUACGGCAACGCGCUCAUCGUGUCCGCCAUCCCCAUCUGGCUCUUCUGGAGGAUCUGGCACAUGGACCUGGUGCAGUCGGCGGUUCUCUACACCGUCAUGACUCUCGUGAGCACCUACCUGGUGGCCUUCGCCUACAAGAACGUCAAGUUUGUCCUCAAACACAAGGUCGCCCAGAAACGCGAGGACGCCGUUUCCAAGGAAGUGACCCGUAAACUGUCCGAGGCCGAUAACCGCAAGAUGUCCCGCAAAGAGAAGGACGAACGAAUCCUGUGGAAGAAGAACGAAGUGGCGGAUUAUGAAGCCACUACCUUCUCCAUCUUCUACAACAACACCCUGUUCCUGGUCCUUGUCAUUAUCGCCUCCUUCUUCCUGCUGAAGAACUUCAACCCCACUGUGAACUACGUUUUGUCGAUCAGUGCUUCCUCGGGCCUCAUCGCCCUGCUCUCCACCGGGUCCAAGUAACUGGUUGGAGUGUGAGAGCAAGAAUGAGGAGUGCCUGCCUGGGGGGGGUGUGUGUGUGUGACCUGGGCAAAGGAGGAUCACGUGGGUGGGGUUGGGAACAACACUCAUGAACAAGUGGAGAAACUUUGGUUUCAUGAAGUUCAUUAUUCAUGCAGUAUGAAUGUGAGGAGUCAUUUGAACCUCUCUAUUCUGCUUUUUCUUUUUUAAUAAAAAGAACCAAUAAACAGUUUUGUUCCAGCGUGAUGUGUGUGUGAUAC